AUGACGGCAUCACUCUUACCCAUCGCCAAUUCUCAUAAUGAAAAUGAUGAUCAAAAUCACCAUGCUGUGUCGACUUCUCAGUCUAGAAUUAACAAUGACUUUCCAGAAAAAGAAAAAAUGUUCACCGAGUUCCUUUCCAAGUUCCAGAUACUUAAUGAAAUUUGCACAUUUGUUUCUAAGAAUAUUUUUGCACCUCUUUCGGCAAAAGAUACAACUUCAACUUUAGAUGCCGAGUUGGGCUUUUUGCAUUCCGAGUGUACAAAGAAAAGGGGCUUAUUUGACAUUUCAAGGAGAAUUUUAAGGUUCUGCCAGAAGAGAAAAAAAGAAGAUCUCGCUGACGAAGAGCCUAACACUACAAGCAAUGCGUUGGGGAAUGGUGCUGCAAAUAAGGGAGAAAACACGAUGCUGUAUGAUGGUUCCGAUGAUAUCCUGAUUAAAAGGAUUACUUUAUCUCCCCUUACUGAGCCUACAAACGCUAUUGAGAUGCCCCCGGUAGCGGAAAUCCUAGUCCCUCUUUUGAAAUUCGACACUGUGGUUUUAGAAAAGGAGAAGAAAUCCAUAUUCAGGGUACUGGAGGCCCAUAGCGAAGCCCUAUCCGAGGUAACCAUAGUGAGUCCUACUAAUUAUCAGCCAAUUUUCCCUGAAAAUGUCGUUUUAAGGCUAUGUUUACUUGUGGAUCAAUACUUAUCUGGUGAGGUUGAGUUUUUUGGCCCGUUUUUUGAGCUUUCCGGAGAAAAAAUGCUAACCGACUUUAAAAAAGAUGUGAUUGAAGUUGUCAAGAAUAUUGCCACGAUUAUCGAGCAUUUGACCAGUUUGCCGACCAUUCAGUCCCAGUUCUCUGCUGUUGAUGCCCAGUUGGCAUCCAAGGAAUUUGCCUUAUAUUUCCCUUCGUUUUUGAGCUUUUCUAGACACUUUUCUAGCCUAUAUUUAAUGGUAUUCGAUUCUUUUUAUGCCAUUAAAAAAUGGGGCAAAUCAACUGCAUUUGCGACCAGGCUGUUUCUUCUUUUAAAGACCCUCAAGGAUAAAUUCCUCGAAACGGCUAUCCUCAGUACUUCAAUGUACCUGCAUGGCGAGCAAAAUAGAUAUAGUUGCCUUACUGAAAUUGUGGGGCACAUUCAUGCCUCUCUUAUGCAGAGGGAGAUCGCCGAUAUUCCAGAGCUCUAUAAUAUUGCCAACAGUGAGUGGCAUUCAGACUUUUUAGAUUUUGCUCUUAAUUUCUGCAAGUGCAUCAUUGGGAAACACAUGCCGUUUAUAUAUACAACGACCACUGGUACCGCCAUAACUGCAAGAAAAGGAACUGGUGGACAUGUUGGCAAAAAGCGAUCUGUACUAUGGAGAGAUAGGCGAAUUAAUUUCCAAUGA